GGAUAGGGAGUGACUAGCAGGUAAUAUGAAGGCAAUAGUUGCGAUGCUGAAGCUAGAAGAGACUCAAAAGGGUUCGGAGAUGGGGGGUUUGGAGUCUGCUCUGCUGUCAGUGUUCACAUAUGAAAGUUUGGUCCAUGCAGUAUCUGGAGCGGUGGGCAGUGUAGCUGCAAUGACUCUCUUCUAUCCACUGGACACUGCACGGCUCAGGCUGCAAGUGGAUGACAAGAGGAAGUCCCGUUCCACCCCGGCCGUACUGCUAGAGAUUAUGCGAGAGGAGGGACUAGUGGCUCCAUAUCGAGGUUGGUUCUCGGUUAUCUCCAGUCUCUGCUGCUCCAACUUUGUUUAUUUCUACACUUUCAACAGCUUGAAAGCCUUGUCCAUAAAGGGAAGUGCUCCGACCACGGGCAAGGACCUUACCAUUGGCUUCAUUGCUGGGGUUGUAAACGUGCUGCUAACAACACCGCUCUGGGUGGUGAAUACGAGGCUGAAGCUGCAGGGGGCCAAGUUCCGCAGUGAUGAUUUUGUCCCAACAACAUAUACAGGAAUAUUCGAUGCCUUUCAAAGAAUCCUGCGGGAAGAGGGUGUCAUGGCUCUCUGGAAUGGAACCUUCCCUUCUCUCCUGCUAGUCUUCAACCCGGCCAUCCAGUUCAUGUUCUACGAAGCAUUAAAGCGUCAGCUUCUGAAAGGCCAGACAGAGCUGACAGCGAUGGAGGUGUUUGUGAUUGGUGCUAUUGCGAAGGCCAUUGCCACAGCAUUGACAUACCCACUGCAGACUGUUCAGUCAGUACUGAGGUUUGGACAAGAGAAACGAAAUCCAGAGAAGCGGCCUCUAGGAAGUUUGCGCCGUGUCAUUUAUCUCCUUCAGCAAAGGGUUAAGCGCUGGGGAAUAUUGGGCCUGUACAAAGGAUUGGAAGCAAAGCUUUUACAGACUGUACUAACUGCUGCUCUCAUGUUCCUGGUGUACGAGAAACUGACCAGCCUCACAUUCAGGCUUAUGGGCUUAAAAGGCUGAUUUGGACAGUGUUUCUGUUGAUGGAAAGACUGUGCUCCUAUUUUGGAACAGGAUUUGUGGGUUUCCCUAAACUGAGCUCCUGUGACGCUAAGGAUCUAUAUUUGAAGCCUCAUUGUCUUCCCAAACAAAUGCCAAAAAUAUUAUAUUUAAUGACAGUAAUACAAUCCUCUGUUGAACGCAGCCGCGUGAUGUUCUCCUGUAUUUGCAAUACUCCAGAGAAUAGAUGCAUGAGUGCAGGCGCAAUUCUGCUGUGUUCGCACACAGUAUUGUGAUAUAUGCAAGCGAUGUCCUUUUAAAUCCAUGCAAAAUAAACCAUAUAGAUAUUAUUGUAU